UCUAUCACGCAAACCAAUCUCUGAAAACCUUCGUUUGCCGUUUCUGAAACCCUAGCUCUCGAAUGGCUCGUACCAAGCAGACUGCUCGCAAGUCCACCGGAGGCAAGGCUCCGAGGAAGCAACUGGCCACAAAGGCUGCUAGGAAGUCCGCCCCGGCCACCGGCGGAGUGAAGAAGCCCCACAGGUUCCGCCCCGGGACCGUGGCUCUCCGUGAGAUCCGAAAGUACCAGAAGAGUACGGAGCUCCUGAUCCGAAAACUCCCUUUCCAGCGCCUGGUCCGUGAGAUCGCUCAAGACUUUAAGACAGACCUUCGGUUCCAGAGCUCGGCCGUGGCAGCGCUCCAAGAGGCGGCGGAGGCGUACCUGGUUGGACUCUUCGAGGACACCAACCUUUGCGCCAUCCACGCCAAGCGGGUCACCAUAAUGCCAAAGGAUAUCCAGCUAGCUAGGAGGAUCAGGGGUGAGCCAUCAGUGUCUUCUGUUUUCUGUGUUCGUCCUGUAAUGAAGUCGCAGCAUCUAUGCAAAUGGAAAUUGCUAAGUGAAGAAGACUGUUGUGUUGACAGUACGUGGAAUCAGUAUGAAAAAGUGGAGCAACUGGCCACAAAGGCUGCUAGGAAGUCCGCCCCGGCCACCGGCGGAGUGAAGAAGCCCCACAGGUUCCGCCCCGGGACCGUGGCUCUCCGUGAGAUCCGAAAGUACCAGAAGAGUACGGAGCUCCUGAUCCGAAAACUCCCUUUCCAGCGCCUGGUCCGUGAGAUCGCUCAAGACUUUAAGACAGACCUUCGGUUCCAGAGCUCGGCCGUGGCAGCGCUCCAAGAGGCGGCGGAGGCGUACCUGGUUGGACUCUUCGAGGACACCAACCUUUGCGCCAUCCACGCCAAGCGGGUCACCAUAAUGCCAAAGGAUAUCCAGCUAGCUAGGAGGAUCAGGGGUGAGCGUGCUUAAAUUGAAAGGAAUUUUGUAUAGAUACGAACAGAGGGAUGUUCAAGUGUUUGGGAAGGGCACACAAUGAAAAUCCAGCCUUUGGGAAAGGAUAUCCAGCUCCGCAUGUGCUUGAUUUUAGGGCCUAUGUUAGAUUAUGUUGCUUUCUUUGCUCACUGCCAAGAUUGUAGUUCAAGCUUGGAUGUAUUGUAUUGACUUGCCCAAUGGAAAUUUAAGGGUUGCUUCCUUUC